CGAAUCUCCUCGUACGAAAAUACUAAAAUCUAAACACACCAUCCCUCUUGCUCGGAUGUCGCCGAGUGAAACUUUGAGAAUUAAAGUCUAACGCAAGAUGAAGACCCUGCUCUUACACGCACUUGCAUGGCUCGUUCAGCACACAUCCGCUCAACAGAGCAUCUCGCAACAGCUCUCCUCCAUCCAAUCGCUCUGCCCCAGCAUCAGCUUCACGGGUUGCAGCUAUCUACUGAAUCAAGACAACAUCUGCAAUGCACUCCCGGCCACAGCUACUUCCCAAUUAAUCACCUGCUAUUGUACACAAGAUGUGUUUGAUUCCUUCACAGACUGUGAAAGCGAAAUCCGUGAAUGCGGCCGAACCGACGACGAGGACAGCUACUACGAGGCAUUGAAGACAGCAUGGCUUUCCGCUUGCAGCCCAUACCUCUCAUUCACCGCCACCACCCCCAUUCUGUCCACCUACACGCCGUAUCCUGGUCAAUUAUACUGCAACAGCGUCAAUUCUGCCUGUGCCCGCUGGGAGAUCUCAACGAAAUCUUGCGACACGAACUACCCAACGCCAGCUCAAUCCACGUCGUGCGCCUGCCAGGCCAGCAUUCUGAGCUUGGCGAGUGCAUGUCAGAUCGGUGGGGCAUUGUGCGUCGGUACGCCCGUGACGUCCAGCACACUCUGGUCAAAUAUCGUUUGCAGCGCCAUUACCGCCCCCAUAACCGACUUCUCCCCGUUGGCGGUGUCUUCAACGAGUGUCGCCUCUUCCACGAGCGCUGUCGUUACAUCAACAGGAGGGAGCAGUUUUAGUGAAACAACUCCGCCAAAUACACCACCGCCUCCUACGACUACUACUGCUACUGCCACUGCCAAUUCUCCCGUUUCAGCUACUCAUACCAUUUCGUCCGCCAUCAAAGGGAAGCUUGUUUUGUCUGCUUUCACCGUUAUUGGGAUCAGUCUUUCACUAGCUUACUACUUCACAUAAGAUACGCAGUCCUGAGGAAUCACAUCUUGCCAAUCUGAAAUUUAA